UUAUCUAUUGCAUAUGUAAAUUUCGCGUCUUUGCAAAACAAUGCAAAAUUCGUUGUCGAGAAAAGUCGAAAUGAUUUGCUCAAUCCAAAUGUUAGUCCUAUACCAAGAGCAAGCACUAGUGGUUGGGAUGGACAACAUUUCGUCAUAACCCAUCUUGAGAAACUUCAUUUUGCGGCCUGAUCGUUCUGUAACAGAGCUACACCCGGCGAUCAUGGGCCAGACACUAAUUUGCCCUACUGCUGUGGCGGUGGCGCCGCCGCCCAUGGUUGCCAAUGUGAUCGGUACUUGGUCGUACCGCACCGUCAGUCAACGGAUGAAGUCUAUAUUGCGUACUGUCCUGGCUACAUUCGCCCGCGAAGAACUUAUGCUGAUUGAGAAGAUUGGUGCCUUUGGACGCGAGUCUUUGGACCUGGUACUGAAGGAAUUAGAAAUACUUUAUGAUGGGCUCACGAACAACCGAUUUUUAACGCCUCUGACAGGAGAAGCGGGUGAUGUCACUGACUGGAACCGAGUUUUUGAAGCGGCGCACGUAGACGGUGUGCCACCCUCCUGGCACGAUGGUUCUUGGCUGUACGUGGAAUGUUUUUUGUAUAGAAAGCUCUACGACAUCCUGGACACCAGCGGCGUCCUGCAAGAUUACGACUAUUUCCAUGAUCAGAAGGUGGAAAGCUUUGAAAAUGCUGUUCAGGCCGCACACGAGCUCGCUACGGGCCUGCUGGCGGACUUGGAAGCUGCAAAGAAGCUGUCAACCUCCAAAAUAAAGGCCAUUUUUAUCCAGCUGAUGAUGGUCUCGCUGUGGGGUAACAGGUACGACCUGACGCUUACGGGCGGUGUGAAGGUGUCGCAGGACAAGUCGCCGAUGGAAGAGCUGCAGGAGCUGUCCAGCUACAUCCUUGUCGACGAAACGUCGCGCAUUUUCUCGUAUCUGAACUCGCUGAAGCGCCAGAAGAAGAGGAUUCGCGUCGACUUCGUGUCUGACAAUGCCGGCUUCGAGUUGUUCGCCGACCUGUGCCUGGCCGACUUCCUGACGUCGGCGGGUCUGGCGCAGCGCAUCACCUUCCACAUCAAGGAGAUCCCCUGGUUUGUCUCGGACACCACCCAGGUCGACAUCGACUGGCUGAUGGAGCGGCUGAAGACGGACGAGCAGGGCCCGUCGCUGCCGGAGCUGUCCGCCAGGUGGCGGAGGAACUUUCGCGCCGGCGCCUGGGAGGUGGCCACCUCGCCCUUCUGGACGUCUCCGCAUCCGUUCUGUCGGAUGAAGCAACUGUGCCACAACCUCUACUGGCGUCUGCAGGGCGCCAACCUGCUGCUGUUCAAGGGUGACCUCAACUACCGCAAGCUGCUGGCCAACCGGCCAUGGCCUGUGAGCACCGCGUUCUGCCGCGCCCUCGACGGCUUCCACCCGGCGCCUCUGGUGGCGCUGCGGGUGCUCAAGGCUGACCUGGUUGUCGGCAUGACCAAUAAGACGGCUCGCGCCGCCGCCGAACGCGAUGCUGACUGGAUGACGUGCGGCGAGUUCGCUGUCAUCCAGAUGUGCCAUCGGCGAAACCCGCUGGAUGCGCUCUGAUUGCGGGGGGGGGGGGGAGGGGGGCAAUGGCAACGGAGAAGUUGCAAAGUAGGCUGUAGGCCCAGAAGUGGCUUAAACGCACCAUUAGGUAUACUCGGGCUGCUUCGUACGGUGAGUCCACCGAGUGCAUUGACACGAUGUAGUUAUAUUCUUUAUUUUCCGAGCCUCUUAAGCGUCUUUUUCCACGUCUUCGUGUGCCUUUUGAAUUGACAUGUUUGCGCUGUGUUUGGUUUUGUAAUGAAUUAUUUCAGCAAUAAACUUUAGCUAUUUUCUUUUCCAA